CCUAAUAUAUAUAGUUAUAUCUAGUACUGCGUCUCUGUUUACUAUUAUACAGUUUUAGUUUUCAUUCGAGUUACGACCAUGGUUCAUCUCGCAUCCAUCAAGAAAGACGACGACUUCGAGCCUGUCGUCAACCGCGUCGAUUCCAUAAAGCUCGACACCAUUGAAGAGGAUGAUUACUCGGCCACCGUCUAUGGUACGCGUUUUGCAACCCAGCAGCUGCCUCACGCCGAGAUGCCAGAUCGUGAGAUGCCUCGCGAGGUGGCUUAUCGUAUGAUAAAGGAUGAGCUGAGCUUGGACGGUAACCCGAUGCUGAACUUGGCGAGUUUUGUCACUACUUACAUGGAAGAUGAGGCCGAGAAACUCAUGGCCGAAUCGUUCAGCAAGAACUUUAUCGACUAUGAAGAGUACCCUCAGUCCGCCGAGAUUCAGAACCGAUGCGUCAACAUGAUCGCCCGUUUAUUCAAUGCUCCCACGGACAGUGACACCGACCACCCAAUGGGCACCUCCACUGUCGGCUCGUCAGAGGCGAUCAUGCUGGGCACUCUGGCGAUGAAGAAACGGUGGCAGAACAAGCGCAAGGCAGAAGGGAAGGACUACUCGCGGCCCAAUAUCGUCAUGAACAGCGCUGUCCAGGUUUGCUGGGAGAAGGCAGCCCGCUAUUUCGAUGUUGAGGAGCGAUAUGUAUAUUGCACGGAGGAGCGCUACGUUAUUGAUCCUCAGCAGGCGGUGGACCUUGUUGACGAGAAUACCAUCGGUAUCUGCGCCAUUUUGGGCACAACAUACACCGGAGAAUACGAGGACGUCAAGGCGAUCAACGACCUUUUGGUCGAGCGCGGCCUGGACUGCCCAAUACACGUCGAUGCCGCUAGUGGUGGCUUCGUUGCCCCCUUCAUCCACCCAACCCUGCAAUGGGACUUCCGUCUGGAGAAGGUCGUCUCAAUCAACGUCUCCGGCCACAAGUACGGCCUGGUCUACCCCGGUGUUGGAUGGGUCGUCUGGCGAUCGCCUGAGUUCCUACCCAAGGAGCUCAUCUUCAACAUCAACUAUCUCGGCGCUGAGCAAGCCAGUUUCACGCUAAACUUCUCUAAGGGCGCUUCACAUGUCAUUGGCCAGUACUACCAGAUGAUUCGGCUGGGCAAGCGAGGAUACCGCUCGGUCAUGGUGAACAUCACCCGGAUCGCGGAUUAUCUAGCUGACCAGCUCGAACAGCUCGGCUUUAUCAUCAUGAGCCAGCGCCGCGGUCGGGGACUGCCUCUAGUUGCGUUUCGCCUCCCUGCGGACCGGGCGGACGAGACAUUCGAUGAAUUCGCGAUCGCGCACCAGCUGCGCGAGCGAGGAUGGAUUGUGCCGGCUUACACUAUGGCGCCACACAGUAACAACCUGAAAUUGAUGCGCGUCGUGGUACGUGAGGACUUUUCCAUGAGCCGGUGCGAUCAGCUCUUGAGCGAUAUUAAGCUGGCCCUAAAAAGCCUGCGUGAAAUGGAUCAGGCGAUGUUGGAAAGAUAUACGCAACACGUUCGCUCGCAUACAACCAAGUCGCAUCGGGCAAAGCACACGCAUCCACACUACAAGAAUGAAACGCACUCGCUGCAGGGCAGGACAGGCAAGACGCACGGGGUUUGUUAAACCUGUCAGGCGUAGAUCUCAUCGAACUAGGUGUUUAACGGUCGCAGCGCGUUGGAUAGCGGCCGGACGGGUUCUUUAUUGAUAUACUUAGCUCUAUCUUGUCCCGGUUCUUACUCGGCCUAUUAUUAGCACUGGCCCUCUCUUAGCCUCUACGCCGUCAUUUCCCCUCCUCAGCUCAGCUGCCCACUAUCACUACUA